CAGUUACACUAGUUUCUCAGUGACGCACACCAGCAGAGAAAAUGCCUGAACCACCCAAAGCAGCGAAGAAAGGCUCUAAGAAGGCCGUUUCUAAGGCCGUGAGCAAGUCCGGCAAGAAGAGGAGGAGGCCCAGGAAGGAGAGCUACGCCAUCUACGUCUACAAGGUGCUGAAGCAGGUCCACCCUGACACCGGCAUCUCCUCCAAGGCCAUGGGCAUCAUGAACUCCUUCGUCAGCGACAUCUUCGAGCGCAUCGCCGGUGAGGCCUCCCGUCUGGCUCACUACAACAAGCGCUCCACCAUCACCUCCAGGGAGAUCCAGACCGCCGUCCGCCUGCUGCUGCCCGGGGAGCUGGCCAAGCACGCCGUGUCCGAGGGCACCAAGGCCGUCACCAAGUACACCAGCUCCAAGUAAACCUGCUGACACACCAACAACACAACGGUCCUUUUCAGGACCACACACUGCUUCUAAAGAGUCGCUUCCUCAAACUGUCACCAUCACGUCAACAUGAUCAGGACGUCUGAAGUCUCACAACAGUGAAACUACAGCUGAUUGUGACGUAGUCAACGAUUCUGCAUUUUUAGAAAAAGUUUCUAGUGGUUGAUUCUGACAUGAGGGGAAAAUAAACAGCAACACAAGUGUGAUGAGAUAUUAGAGAAUAAAAACAAUUAAAAUAAAAAAGCUAAUGUAAAGAA